AAAGGACUCUCUAGUAAGGGCAUAAUUGUCCUAAAAAGACGAAAUGGGGGAAUCCACUCCCGACAUCAAAAAGUUUCGCUGGAAAUAUAGAAACAAAGAUCUUGUCGAGACUAACACAACCCAAGUCCAAGUCGUAGCAUCCAAAAUUCAACCCAGUAGCAAUCUCGGAGGAGCAAAUCGCCUGGGCUCGUCAGAUCAUCUCCUUGGAGAAAUCAGGAUCGAUUCGAGUUGAAUCAAAAAUUGGAGAUGAUUCCCCAUUGCAUCAACUGUAUACUGGCCAAAUUUCAGACAAUUACACCAUCACAAUUGAGAGAAAUCAGCCGGCAAUUCCAACUAGAGUCGCGAUUGUUUCGCCGGAAAAACAAUCGCAGAUUCGAGCCACCUCCGGCGAGAUUCGAAAGGAACCAACUACUGGGGUUUGUUCCCCACAUCAGAGCGCCCCUACCACCAAAAUUUCAGAUCAAAUGGGUGGAGGAAUCAUGGAGGUGGAAUUUUCCGGCGACGGCGCCGGAGCUCCGGUCAUUUUCUCCUGUCGAGACCAAUGCCAAAAGGGGCGCUCCAAUGAGCUUAACAACCCCCACCAGGUAAGCCCCCUCGAAUUUCAUCCCAUCAAUUCGAAUUUGGAAAAAACAGCCACUGGAGUCGCAAAUGUUAAAAACUAUUGCGACAGAUUUCAAGCUCCAAAUAUGGAUAGUUCUCAAUGUAAUAGAUUAACUGAUGUGGAAAAUAGAGAUUAUCCUACUCAAAUGAUUGAUGAUGAAGUUUCGAGCUCGUGGAAUUUCGACAAAGAUACAGUGAACACUGUUUCAUUGAAUGAUGGUCUGAUAGUCGACAAAGAUAAGCACCAAGAGGCUAAUAUGAUCAGUUCUUCUAACUUCUCAUUUGAUUUAAGAAACCAUAAUGCUCUGCAUGAUAAUCAAAAUACUGACAAGGAUCAAAGAGACUUUGCCAAUGUGGUAGAAUUGAGUCAAUCCUCUAGUCGACUGAAUAUAGCCAACUGCACUGCUGUGUCUACAAUGAAUCCACUGUCAUCACAACAGCAAGGUGCUGAGGGAAUGGAACAGGGCCAACACAUAUAUGAAGACAAUGGAACUCAGCCUCACAUUCAGAGCACAAAGACAAAUGCAGGUAUGACUAAUCCCUCAAACUUGGUAAAUUAUAAUCGUAAUGGGUUGAAAUCCAUUGGAACUCAUUUGCAAAUUCAUGCAAAUGAGCACCGUGGUACUGCUGCUGUUAAUUUAAUGCAGGGCAUAGAACUUGAUCCUAUCAAGGCUCAUAAUAACCAGAAAGAUCAUGCAACUUUAAGCCAAGCUGUAGAUCCCAAACAAUCCCAGCAGCAACAAUUUCAAAAGCACACACCAUCUCAUCCAACUUAUCCUAAAGUGUCCAGCAAUUUUGACGAACUUGUCCCCAACGACCAAAGAAAUAAUCUACUCCCUAACCAAACUCAAACCAGAGAUAAUAAUAACCAAACUAUACAGAAGAACCAGUUCCCUAGCAAGAAGGACCAGGUCCCGCAACCAGCACCUUACACUGUCAUCCAAACCUUUGCAACUAAACUUAGACUUAACCAAGCUAAGAAUGAAGUCCCUAUUGAAUUAUCCACACCUACUUUCACUACCAAACAGGGCCUUCCUGCAGUGAUCUUCAAUAAAGAGGACUUUAUGGUUAAGCUGGCUGCAAGAUGCAAGUUUACUCUAGUGGGCAAAUUUAGUAAUACCAUGCCCAAAAUUGAGUUGAUAAGGAGGAGCUUCAUACUGCAGACUCAGCUUUGUGUGUGUGUGUGGGGGGGGGGGGGGGUCAAGAUUGCACACUUCAAUGCUAAGCAUGUUUACAUUGACUUGGACAAUGAGAUGGACUACAUCACAGUGUGGACUAAACAGGGAAUGACCAUUGAAGGCCAGAUCAUGAGGAUACAAACAUGGACACCUACUUUCAGGCCUGAGGAAGAAACACCAAUUGUACCAAUUUGGGUAGCUCUUCUAGAAUUACCUUGGCACUGCUACAACAAGGAAUUUGUGACUGCUCUUUUAGCUCCUAUUGGUAAAGUACUAUACCUGGAUACAGCUUCUAUCCAAAAAACAAGGGGAAGUAUAGAAAAAGUAAGAGUACAGGUGAAUCUCACCAAGGAAAGGCCACCUCAUGUGUGGAUGGGAUAUGAUAAGGAAGACACCACCAUAGGGAGAUGGCAAGCAAUUCAAUAUGAGAAUGUGCCUGAGUACUGCAUGCACUGCAAACAUCAGGGGCAUAUGAUACAUGUUUGCACUGUCAAGAAAAGAGAAGAAGAACAAAAAAGAAGGAAGGAGCUAGAGGCUGAAAAAAAGAACAAAAAUAAGGAAGGCAUGACAGGAAAAAACCAAGAGGCUAUUCAGAUUUCAGAGGCGCAGAACAAAAGUAAUACUCUUACAGCUGAUGAUCAUCCACAGCAUCAUCCUACUACUGAUAACACCAAUGAAGAGCUGUGGCAAACUCAAAAGAAGAAACAUGCCAAGGAGCAAAACAACACUCAGCAAAACAAUUUGUCUAGACCUACUUCACUUCAGGAACACAGGAAAUUUGACCAAAAUCAGCAAAAACACAGUGGCAGGUAAGCAGUGUAAUCCUAUUACCACUUCUAAUAAUUUUGUUGAUCUUGUCACACAAGAUCAACCCUCUAACCAAGAUGCAGGAGAACCCAUCAGCAAAAGGAACUUUUUACAAAAGAGUUCAUCAGCAGUGCAGGAUCACACCAAAGCUCAAGGAAAAGGUAGACUGAAGAGUGGAAACAUUUUGUAUUGGGAGUUGCAGCAUUCCAGUACAUGCAGAGUCCAAGAAGUUGCAGUGACCAUGCAGAGUGCUUCCACCUUUGUGAGCUCUUUGCAGGUACAAUAGAGUUGCAACAUGAUGUUUUGGAGUUGCAGCAGUCAUCCAGUAAUUGCAGAGUCCAACAAGCUACAGAUGAAGAGGACUUAUGUUAAUCUUUGCAUGAUGAUGCAUCCAACACCAACCCUUCACAACCAGCUGCAGAACCCCAAAACCUUUGGAAUUCCUCAGCAUCCAUUAUCUGCAACUGCUUGUAGAAGAUGCAACACUUCAGCCACUCUUGAGGUACAGUAAAGAGUUACAGCAUUUGUCUUGGAGUUGCAGCAGCUCAAUCACCAACAACUUCCAUCAACUUGCAAUCCUUAUUCAUUGGAGCUCUUCAUACCUAUUCACAUAGAUGAAGAGGCAUUCUAUGUUAAGCUUUGCAUGGUGAACCCUUCGACAAGAGCCUCAUCUACAUCAUCCAACUACUGCAUUGUGAUCUCCUUGUAGGAGCUUAUUUUAUAUUUAUUUCUUAAUAAUUUGGGACAUUAGUCGAACGACCUUAAUAAGUUAGUCGACUUAUGUUCCACCUAAGUUGUAUACUUGUUCCUUUCAACUUAGCUACGUUUUGGUUAGGUUAUAGCUUAAUUGAAUAAGAAUAGGUAAUCCUUUCUAUUCUCGAUUAUGUAAGGGGAGAGUCUCCCUCAUUUAUGCACUCUUAGAAUUAUUGUAACGAGAGAAGUCCUCUCUUAAGUACGUAGUCUUGCUCCUUUGUUGUAAUUGGGGAUAAGUUGGUGACCUUA